CGUCAUUGUUUGUGCUGCUGGCGGAAUACGAGUUCAUAUUCUAAACUGCCUGGUUUGAGUUCUACAUAUUUUUUUAGCUGUUUAGUUCUAUGUUUUAGUUUAUUUCGCUUAAUAGCAAAUCACCAUGUCGGUGGCGUUUGCACCUCAUAGACAACGUGGAAAGGGUGAUAUAACACCCACUGGAAUUCAGAAGUUACUGGAUGAAAACAAUCAGUUGAUUCAAUGUAUAAUGGACUUCCAGAGCAAAGGAAAGACAGCAGAAUGUUCACAGUACCAGCAGAUGCUCCACAGAAAUUUAGUUUACCUGGCCACAAUAGCAGACUCCAAUCAGAACAUGCAGUCUCUGCUCCCUGCUAAGUGUGACUCCCCUACUCCCCCAGAGGUAAAGCUUGAACCUCCUACUCAGAACAUGCCCAUGGGCCCUGGUGGGAUGAACCAGAGCGGAGUGCCGGGCCCCCAGCCCCCCCACGGACACAACAUGCCCUCUGAGGGCAUGGUCAGUGGCGGACCCCCAGCCCCACACAUGCAGAGCCAGAUGAACGGACAGAUGCCUGGGCCUAAUCACAUGCCCAUGCAGGGCCCUGGGCCGGGUCCCAACCAGCCCCCCAACAUGCCCGGCAGCGGCUCCAUGAACAUGCCCCCCAGCAGCCAUGGCUCUAUGGGCGGCUACAACCACGCUGUGCCCUCCUCUCAAAGCAUGCCUGCCCAAGGUCAGAUGAACAUGACCCAAGGACCCAUGGGUAACUACGGCCCCCGGCCCAACAUGAACAUGCAGGCUAACCAAGGCCCCAUGAUGCACCAGCAGCCUCCCUCCCAGCAGUACAACAUACCCCCUGGAGGUGGCGGGCAGCACUACCAGGGCCAGCAGAACCCCAUGGGCAUGAUGGGCCAGGGGAACCACGUGAUGGGGCAGAGGCCCAUGCCCCCUUACAGACCCCCACAGCAAGGACCCCCUCAGCAGUACCCAGGGCAGGAAGACUACUAUGGGGACCAGUACAGUCACGCAGGACAGGGAGCCUCAGAAGAGCGAGACCCAGCAGCCAACCAACAGUCCCCCUAUGAAAAAGAUAAUGAGCGAGACCCAGCAGCCAACCAACAGUCCCCAUAUGAAAAAGAUCAUGGUAAUGCCCAGUAUGGCCAGCAGCAGGAGGCCUACCAGCAAGGUCCUCCCCAGCAGCAGGGCUACCCCCCACAGCAGCAGUACCCUGGACAGCAGGGCUACCCUGGACCGCAACAGGGCUACGGUCCGUCCCAGGGAGCCCCAGGCCAGUACCCCCAGGGUUACCCCCAGGGCCAGGGGCAGCAGUAUGGGGCCUACCGGGGCCCCCAGCCCGGCCCCCCUCAGGCCCAGCAGCAACGCCCAUACCCAGGCUACGAUCAGGGACACAUGAGGAAAUAAAGACCCAGGGAUUUGAACCCCUGACUAGUUCUGUAAGAAGCAAAGGGUCAAUAUGGAAAUUACCAGCAAUGAGAGAUGGCCAUGGCAGUCACUCAGUCAGUCACCAAGAGCCCUGCUCUGACCUCUAACCUCUGACCUCUGUACAACUGUUAUCUGGACUUUUAUAACGGCUGCAGCUCACAGAGACGCCCACACACACACACUUUGCCCUCUGUAUCCCCUAUGUCUGGGCCUUAUGUAAUGAGAUGAUUGUGUUCACUUCCAUUUCUCCCCUUCUAGUCUGAGUUAAGUCUCAAAGCAGCAAUGCCUUAAAACCAAACAGAGCUGCCUUAUCCAGAGCACUGCAGAUUUCGAAAAGGGCAAAAAAUUACCCGUAAAAUUAAUUUUGUCUAGAUCACAGAGUACAGAAGUGUACAGAACUGAACUUCACACUCUUGUAGGGCAAUGUUUCUCCAUCCAAUAGCCCCCUGUUCAUAAGAAGCAAUAAUGCCAAUGGGAAGUGGAGGGGUGGGACGGGGAUGGAGUGAGGAGAUUUUACACCAGAAACAAAAUUCUGUAAGGCUAUGUUAUAUGUCAAGGUCAACAUAUGUGAUGAUGUAAACAUGUAUUUUAUGAUUUUUAGAUGGAGCUAAUUUUGUAUAAGAAUUUGGAGUACUGUUGAAUAUUGUUUCUGUUUUCCUCCUGAAGUGUUAUGUCUCUUGAUGUAAGUUGUGAUUAACAUUGUUUUCAUCUGCUA